UUCACACGCGAGCUGAUGGAUGAGUGUGAGAGAUGCGUGAUCUCAUUAUAUAUUCAGUGCAUUCUCUCGAGACCACUGGAGACCUCACGAGUAACCGUGAUACUUACAGAACGCCCACCUACACCACAUCUGUGUCUUUGUCUUUUGCCUUGGAGCACGCAGACGUGAGAUGAUCGCAGGAUAAGGAUUAAUUCAUUGGCAGUGUCGGUGUUAAAACAGCCGCUUGUAUUCUCAGCUCUUAAUGCAGCAGAUGAUUGUGUUGCGUGGACCGCGCGCACCGGCUUCUGUCAGAAACUGUGAUGUUUCUUUCCCCUGUUAUCAGUUUUGAUCUGUGAUUUAAGAUGCCGAGGUUCCAGCAUUUAAACAGCACUAGUAUGCCAAAUCACAAUUAUGAAUGGAGCUACGAAUACUACGACGACGAAGAUCCAGUGUCUUUUGAGGGACUCAAAGCACAUCGAUAUUCCAUUGUGAUCGGCUUUUGGGUGGGUCUAGCAGUUUUUGUUAUUUUUAUGUUUUUUGUUCUGACUCUUCUGACCAAAACAGGAGCUCCACACCCAGAGGCUGCGGAGCCUUACGAGAAGCGAAUACGUCUCACAAGCUGCGCCGAGGGUCUCGGUCGCCGAUGUGAGGUGGAUGCCCGGACGGGUCUCUCUCGCCCAUUGCUGGAAGAAUCCCGGUCUUUUUUUCAGUGUUACAUUAAUGAAGAAGAGCGAGAAGGAGGCAGGGCCACUGCUGGUGCUGGCCACGGAUGUACGGGCAGCAGCACCUCCAGAGACCAGGUGGAAACGGUGGGGCUAGUCGUGCAAAGCAUGGUCAUGGAGACCAGAGCAGAAAGAGAAGCGGCGCUCCUGGCGCAUUUUAAUAUCCCCAACUUUGUGAACUCAGAACUAAGCUCUGCAUUGGGGGAUGAAGAUUUACUACUGGGUGAUCCACCGAUCAUAAUGGAGGAGGACCGUCCACGCUGUACCCAUCAUAUCAUUGACUAAACCUCCAGUUUGAAGAUGGCCUUUAUGCACUCAUCAUGGCAUCAUUAUUGUCUUCGACUCAGCCCUUGAUCUCUAAAAAUGAAGAGUGGUGGUGUUUUGCUUUAAAAGCUCUGCUUCUGCAGUGUGAGCUUUAAGGCUGAGCUAUUUUCUGACAUCUGGGGUCUACAGUGAUGCAUGAUGUCAGUCUUAAAGAUAAAAAAAGAUGGGAUUGCACGAAUGGUAUUUGGCCAAUGUGUUCUUGACAGCAGUGACAGCAAGCUGAAAGACUGUUGGGAAGCCUGUGUUUAGAAAAAGCUAAAUAUUUAAAGAAAAAACUACAAAAAUGAAAUCAAGGAUGUUGUUUCUGGUUGUAGGAAGUAUAUCUUGAUGACAUACUUCAUUUCUACUAUCAGCAUGAUUAAAAAAAAUCUCUUGAUGUGCAGUUGGAAGAUGUUUUUUUUUUUUCAAAUCCAGCAUUGCACUUAUGUAGCCUAAUGGCAAAAUUGCAGCAAUUUGGUAUUGCACUGCCUGGUUCUCUAGGCCUGUUGUGUGAGCAAAUGUCUGAGUAGAAAAUAGUUUGCUGUCUGCACUUGAAAGCUGAAUCAGUGGCUUUCCGCAGAAUAUCUGCAGUAUACUUGCAUACUAACUCUCUUUAAUUGUCUAAGUACAGCUGCCUGAACUGCCAGAGCAAUCAAAUAUUCAGUUCUGUCUCAUGUUUAUUUGAACACCUUUAUGCCAAUAAAAUUGAGUGCAAAUCU